AUGUAUCCACCCACGCCACCGUCGUCGCCCGUCGAAUGGUCGGGAGGUGCUCACAGCCCCCCUUCGUCGUCGGUCUCGUCGAACAUCCCUAUGUUUCCGCCCGCUCCGCCCCCCCCUCCCGCUCCCGCCCCUUUCGUACCGCCCUUAACUCGAUCGCUACGCGCAGAAGAUCUCCAGCCCGACCACCUAAAGCUAGACAAAGAGGGACGUGUAUUGAUCACGCGGGGCCUGUACGCGUUCUUCACAACGGACGAUAAGCUUGAGACUCCUGUCGAACAGCAGGAUGGACUUUGUCACGUCAAACUCGUGGAGUUUGCAGGCAUGGUUAGCCUGCUGGCCCAUCGCCAAGACGCCACGGACUUCCACGCGUUAGCAAAGACCCUGUUGGUUCGGCUUCAAGAGCUGGCUCGACCUGAAAAGACCAUGACUGCGUCGCGGUACCGACAGGAACAGAUCGUCAAGCUAUUUGGACGACACGUAGUGUAUCACGACACUGGGAAGAUUCUCAAACGUUCCGGAGUUCUGCAAGGGAUAGUAGGCCCAACUGAUUACUAUUAUAUCAAGAUGAGAAUCUGUGGGUCGGACACGUGGGAGAUGCCAGCAAGUCUACAAUCGUUGGCUGAUGCGACCAUUAUGGUGUAUGAGGACAAGGCGGGUGAGGACAAGGCGGGUGAGGACAAGGCGGGUGAGUGGGUCAAUUGCAAUGAACAUGACGACAAGCCUAUCAACGCUGGCCAAGGAGACGAUCGUGGUUCAUAA